GAGGCGUUGGGGUGGACGCUGGAAUUAGUGGUAUAUGACAGUAUAUGGACCGACUGAUGAUAAAAGAGUAUGAUUUUCCGAAACUGUCCUUGGAGUAACGCAACACCCAGUUUCCAAGCAAAUUGUCAUCGGAACAUAGUUUUGGGGGGCAUGGAAGUGGGCGGCGGUUACUUAGAGAAUAUCCCCCCCCCCCCGCUUUGGAUCUGCUGUCCGCCACUGCAUCCGACUUCUUAUUUCUUGCAUUAACAUCAUUCGAUGGCAUCGAAAAUUAUAUACUGAACGUGUUUGCCUCCCAUAAUCCUAAGGCAUACCACGAUGUGGAGCUCAGUCUGCGAAAAACUCAGCUGCUGAUGCCAGAUGAUCCUGUACUCUUAUUUCCGAAGCUCUUGCUCAUGGAGAGUGAGAUUGGUGUUGGCUCUGAAGGAUAUCCAGUAUGAAUAUCAACCAGUUAAUCUACUUUCUGGAGAUCAGUUGGCAGAUGAAUAUGGAAGUGUCAAUCCCAUGAACCAGGUGCCCUCCUUGGAAGUGGAUGGCAAAGUUAUGACUCAGUCAAUGAGUAUAAUGGAGUUCCUUGAGGAAACAUACCCCAAGCCGAGUCUGCUGCCUGAUGACCCAUUCCAGCGAGCCAAGGUGCGGGAGAUCUGCGAGCUGAUCGGCUCGGGGAUCCAGCCUGUGCAGAACCUGGCCGUGCUGAAGCGCGUGGCGGCGCUGGCCGGCGACGAGGCGCGGCGCCGCUGGGGCCGCGAGGCGAUCGAGCGCGGCUUCGGCGCCCUGGAGCCGAUACUGGCUGCCUCGGCCGGCACCUGCUGCGUGGGCGACACGGCCACGCUGGCCGACUGCUGCCUAGUGCCACAGGUCUUCAAUGCCAGCAGGUUCCAGGUGGACAUGUCCCAGUUUCCGACCAUCAGUCGGGUGCACGGUCACCUGGAGACGCUGGAGCCGUUCCAGGCGGCCCACUUCUCCCGUCAGCCGGACUGUCCGCCUGAGCUCCGCUGAAGCGGCCUGCAGCAGGCGGCCCACUGGACCCGGCCCAGUCGUGCCCAAGUGUCGCGGGGGGGGGGGGGGAGCGGCGGCCCCGGGAUCGGCAGGGUGUCGAACCCCCCCAGGACGCGCGCUGGGUACAUGGGUACGGUGAUUGCAUUCCGUCCACAGUAAGAGUGCCAAAACUAGUGUACGCGCGGGCAGAAACGAAGCAUUUCAGUACAAUUUGCCAGCUGCAGUGAUUUGUGCCAUAUCCGCCUGUUUGGAGGGGUCGACAUAUUUUUUUAGUGAAUCCGCAUUUGCCAGUUUUGUGUCGUCCUUGUGCAGGCCUUGGCGUGAAUGCCAACGCGAUGUUUUCCGGUCGUUGUUCGCAUCAGGCAUUUGUGCAUGUAUGUGUGGAACAGUCAUUACUGUCGGGUUGAGAUUCCAAACCUCCUCCAACCAAGCCUAGGGAGUGAGUAACGUGCAAUAGCGGAAGAGAGCGAUCAGGUAUGCGGCCUACGAGCAGAUUAGUUUUGGAUAGGAACACAACCGAAGAGAUUUGAUACUUAUGCAACCUGCGUACCGCGGCAAUAAACUAACGUGUGGCGGCGGUCA